CGACUGUGUAUUGAUUGAAAAUGUGGACGAUUUGUUUAUUAUGCGUGUUUGCUUUGAUUUUUGCUUUAAUUAGAAAAUUGUAUUUAAAUGCAUAUAAAGAACAUAAAAAUGUCUGUAUCGUUGUUCUCGGAGAUUUGGGUAGAAGUCCUAGAAUGCAAUAUCAUAUACUAUCGUUCGCAAAAGAAGGAUUUACGGUAGAUUGUAUAGGUUAUUCCGGCUCAUUGCCGCUAAAAGAAAUAAGGGAAAAUCCUUGCAUACGUAUUUAUUACCUUCCACCUCCGCCAGAAUUAGACGAUAAGUUAUCUCGUCUUCCAUGCUAUGUAAUAAAAACAUUAUGGCAAACCGUUACUCUGUCAUGGGUUUUGUUUAGAAAGAGAAUAUCAGGUUAUAUUCUUCUACAAAACCCACCAGCAAUACCAACAUUUCCCAUUUGUUGGUUUUAUUCCAUUAUAAUGGAUGCACAAUUUAUUAUUGAUUGGCAUAAUUAUGCUUAUACUAUUAUGGCACUUAGUUUAAGAAACGAUCACUUGUUAGUCAAAGUUGCAAAAAUAAUUGAAACCUACUUUGGUUCUAAAGCUCAAAGUAAUUUUUGUGUUUCCAAAGCAUUUAAGGAAGACUUAGAAGAGAAAUGGGGAAUUAAAGCUGAAGUAUUAUAUGAUCGCCCAGCAAAUAUAUUUCAAUCUAUAUCAUUAAUGGAAAAACAUACAUUUCUAUCAAAAUUAAGUGAAAAAUAUAAUAUAUUUAAAGGUUCAAAAGAAAAUUCAACUGUAUUUACAGAAUAUAGAUUAAACAAAGUAUAUUUAUCUUCUGAAAGACCUGGCUUUAUUGUAUCAAGUACUAGUUGGACAGAAGAUGAAGAUUUUUCAAUAUUAUUAAAUGCAUUACAAGAAUAUGAAAAUGCAAUUGUACAAGAAACUUGCAAUUUACCUAACUUAAUUUGUGUGAUAACUGGUAAAGGUCCUUUAAAAGAAUUUUAUAUGGCUAUUAUAAAGUUAAAAAAUUGGAAACAUGUAACAAUUAUAACACCUUGGCUUGAAAGUGAAGAUUAUCCUAAAAUACUAGCUAGUGCAGACUUAGGUAUUUGUCUUCAUACCUCAUCUAGUGGUUUGGAUUUGCCAAUGAAAGUUGUGGACAUGUUUGGAUGCGGACUUCCAGUUUGUGCAUAUAAUUUUAAAUGUUUACCAGAACUUGUUAUACAUUACGAAAAUGGAAUGAUUUUUUCAAAUGAGAAAGAACUAACAACUCACUUAAUAUCAUGGUUUGAAAAUUUCCCUAAUAAUGAAUCUCAACACAAAUUAGAUGAAAAAUUCCGACGUGAACUCCGCAAUUUUCAAGAAAAUCGGUGGGAUGGUAACUGGACUUCUGUUGUGUUGUCUCAUUUUAAAUAAUGCUUAGUAUAUUAAUUUUAUAAAUCUGUAUAUUCCUUCAAACUUUUGCAUAUAUUCAUUACAAAACACAUCAAGUUAUUUAUGCUUAUUAAAAAAUGUUCAACGAAA